GGCGGUGCGGCCGCUGUGACGUGCCGUAGAAUGUUGUGACAGAAAGUUAGCAGGUCGGUUGGUGGUAGUAACAGUGGUCACACAAAGGAGUCAGCGUUCGCAAAGAGAAUGUGCGGAAUUUUUGCCUACCUGAACCACCUUGUUCCCCGGACAAGAAGAGAAAUUAUUGAAAUCUUAUUCAAAGGGCUUCAAAGACUUGAGUACAGAGGUUAUGAUUCUGCAGGUAUUGGAAUCAAUGGAGGAAAUAACAAGGAUUGUGAAGGCGAAGGGAAGCGUAUCUGUAUCAUUAAAACAGACGGCAAAAUAAAGUCACUGGAAGAGGAAAUAAACAAACAAGAAGAUAUUGACUUUGAUGUUGAAUACAAAACACAUUUUGCUGUUGCUCACAUUCGCUGGGCAACACAUGGUGUUCCUAGUUCUGUAAAUGCUCAUCCACAGAGGUCAGAUAAAGACAGUGAGUUUGUUGUUAUUCAUAAUGGCAUAAUUACAAACCACAUGAAUCUAAAGAGGUUCCUGGAAAGCAAAGGUUACAAGUUUGAGUCGGAGACUGAUACGGAAUCCAUUGCCAAACUGAUCAAGUAUGUGUACGAUAACAGCGAGGAUGAGAACAUCAGCUUUGCUACUUUGGUGGAGAGAGUCAUCCAGCAACUGGAAGGUGCCUUUGCCUUGGUGUUCAAGAGCGUUCACUUCCCUGGGCAAGCCGUCUGCACCAGACGGGGCAGUCCUCUGAUGAUCGGUGUGAGAAGUAACCAUAAACUUUCGACAGAUCACAUUCCAGUUCUGUAUCGUACAUCAGGUAAAGAAUUAAAGAUGAGCUGUCCACUGCCUCGCAUCGAUGCCUCUACCUCUUUGUACCCUGUUGGGGAAGAAAAGUCAGUGGAGUACUACUUUGCAUCAGACGCCAGUGUGAUCGUCGAACACACGAACCGAGCGAUUUUCCUGGAGGAUGAUGAUGUGGCAGCAGUGGUGGAUGGCUGUCUCUCGAUUCACCGGGUCGAGCGCACCGCAAGCGACCACCCGGCGCGUGGUAUUCAGAUACUGCAGGUGGAGCUGCAACAGAUGAUGAAGGGAAGCUACAGUUCCUUUAUGCAGAAAGAAAUCUUCGAGCAGCCAGAAUCAGUGGUGAACACAAUGAGAGGACGAGUCAAUUUUGAACACAACACCGUGAUCCUUGGUGGAUUAAAGGAUUCGAUUAAAGAAAUCAGAAGAUGCAGACGUUUGCUAAUAAUUGCCUGUGGAACGAGUUAUCAUUCUGGACUGGCGACACGACAGAUCCUAGAGGAGCUGACUGAGCUGCCGGUUAUGGUGGAACUUUCCAGCGAUUUCCUGGAUCGCAGUACACCUGUUUUCCGGGACGACGUCUGCUUUUUCCUCAGCCAGUCAGGUGAAACUGCCGACACUUUAAUGGCCUUGAGGUAUUGUAAAGGGAGACGAGCCCUAACUGUUGGCAUCACCAACACAGUGGGCAGCUCAAUCUCCCGCGAAACUGACUGCGGUGUUCAUGUCAACGCUGGACCGGAAAUUGGUGUGGCCAGCACAAAGGUCUACACAAGCCAGUUUGUGGCCCUGGUAAUGUUUGCUCUCCUGAUAUCAGAAGACCGAAUAUCUAUGCAGAAAAGACGAAGGGAGAUCAUUCAGGGUCUCCAGGCUCUACCAGACCAAAUAAAGGAAGUUCUAAACUUGGACGAGGAAAUCCAGAGAUUAGCCAGCGAGUUGUAUCAGCAGAAGUCUGUGCUUAUUAUGGGUCGUGGUUAUCAUUAUGCCACAUGCCUGGAGGGGGCGCUGAAAAUUAAGGAGAUAACCUUCAUGCACUCAGAGGGGAUCUUGGCGGGAGAGCUGAAGCACGGACCCUUGGCCCUGGUGGAUAAUCGAAUGCCGGUCAUCAUGAUUGUCAUGCGGGAUCCCACCUUUACCAAGUGCCAGAACGCACUGCAACAGGUGGUGGCUCGCCAGGGGCAGCCCAUCCUGAUCUGCGAGAAGGGUGAUGAGGAGACGGUGAAAAAUGCCUACCGAGCCAUCAGGGUCCCUCACACAGUCGACUGCCUGCAAGGAAUCCUCAGUGUUAUCCCUCUCCAGCUCCUGGCAUUCCAUCUCGCUGUCCUUCGUGGCUAUGAUGUGGAUGACAACAAGCGGCUGAGGAAGAUCGAGGCUGAUUACGUGCCUAUGUGAGGUGUUGCAUUUAUUAGGACAGAGGCUGACAACUUCUUGGGAGCUUCUCUUCUCCAUUCGAGGCCGGUGGUGGUUGAACUAUGUAAAGUGUAGCAUGCAAAGUCUACCCUCAAUUGGCAUUAUCAGGUAACAGAAGAUCUUGACAAGGGAAACUGAUGGAUUUAUCAAGAGUAACCUACCCUUGAAAUUACUUGGGACACCUCACUCCAUCUUAUGUUUGGGCUGAGGGAAGUAGAAUCCAACUCCAGGAUUAUGUCGCACUGACUGACCCUCCCUGGGGGAGAACAUCCAAUGUUUCCUUCCCCACUGACCUUUUUUGGUUUUCUCUCUCACUCUGACUCCUUCACCUUCUCGUCUUUCUCAGAUGUUGAGGGGGUGAAUAAGUCUGUAGUUGGCACUUUGACCCAAUUCUGCCAAAUUGUAAUUUAGGUAGGGUUUAGUUGCUAUUGACUUUGGUGAAGUUUUGAACUACCUCCUUGUAGGUAUCACAUACUCGAGCCCUAUUUUGGUACGUCUGUGCAAUGUGAUACCUGUUGCUGGCUACUUUAUUGUGGCCCAGAAUGUGGGACAAUCAUUUUUCUCCCCAGCACACUUCCCUCCAUUGUCCCAGCAGUUGAGGCAGACAGUUCAAGAUAUGGAACCUUGAAGCUGCUUGGGAAUAAUUGAAUUUACUGCCUGACCGAAGCAAGAAUGUUGUGGCUGUGCACUGUGGAUGCAAGCAAACAUAGAUGUAUCAUUGGGCUGAGAGUUGAGUUUGAGGUUCUUGAGAUAAUGCUGCACAGUUGUUUUUUCUCAGCCAUUUGUCCAAGCUCUUUGAAAGUCUCGAUCUACAAGGACUCUUAAUACUCCAAACAAAACUUUAGGAAAUCAGGGCAGAUUUUAUUAAACCUUUUGCUCAUUUUGGUUGUGUUUACUUUGUAUUCUCUGUUCACAACUGGGAUAACUUGAUUAAAAUUCAUAGAGCUCCACCUGCUGAGAGUAGUCAUCUUACUGUAAGGAAAUGUAGUUACAAAGCUCUCAACUGGUAUUGCAUGUAUUUUCAUAAAGGAUUUUGUAAAAGAUGUUGAUAUACUUGCACUCCACUUAUCUCAUCUCAUCUCACCCCCUCCCUGUCCUUCCCCUUUCCCCCCCUCAACACUAUUGACUUUUUAAAUCCAAUUAAACAAAACAUUC